UACAUGUCUCAGAUCGAAGUGUACAAUUCUGGCGAACGAAAGUACUCUCUCAUUCGAGGCCCGAGUGGUCCACUGGUAUAUCCCGCGGGCCACGUUCUAAUACAUCGGCUGCUGUAUUACCUGACGGAUGGCGGGAAGAACCAGAGACUUUUUCAGCAGAUAUACGCGAUCGUCGCACUAAGCAAACGGCUUCACUUGAUAUACGUGCUUUGCAUCUUCAAUGACUAUACAGGUAUGACAGCACAACUGCUUGUUCCCAUUAUUUUCACGGGUCCGGAGCAGUGUCUCAUAUUGCUUCAUCUUCCCGGGAUAUUCCUUAUUCUGGUGAAAGAUGCUAGGAUUUUACACACCCUUGGAUACAUUGCGACGGCCCUUGCUGUACAAAUAGUUGUGGCCAAACCCUUCUAG